UUGGGACUGCCAACGCAGUAGAACGACAGACAGACGCGAGACAACGAAACAAAAUAAAUAGAAAAGAAAAGUUGUAACGUUGAGUAGUUUUUAUUUUCGUGAGGGGGAAAGUGCUCUUUCGGGCACUAAAGUGCAAUUCUGCUGGAUUCAUUAUCACUCGUCGCUGGUCACUUUUCAAAGCUAAGCGGAUUGUCAACGUUUUCGGGUGAGAGAGAAGGAGAGAGCUCUCUUACCUACGACGACUAUUUGCUGAGCUUCGUAUAAGGCUGUGCGCGGACGAACGAACGCCCAGAGUUUAACGCAACUCUAUAUCGUCAAGAGAGACUGCUGUGUCAUACGAUAAAUAGACAAUAGUGAGCGCUGAUAGCGCUCAAUCUGAAUGUCACCGCGAAGAUUGAACCACUGAAGGCGGACAGACAGGUGGAUUGAAAAUUUAUCCCCCCAAUAGUGCGUAACAAACAUUAAUUGGGGCAUCAUAAAAGAGUUUAGAGGAGGGCACCCCGUUGAAAAUGGGGGUCGCCGAUGAUUUCGCACCGAGCUUCACUCAGAAGCCUCAACUGAGGCAGGAGGACGAUGGAAAUCGUUUGAUAUUCGAAUGUCAACUUGUUAGUUCCCCAAAGCCAGAGAUAACAUGGUCAAGGGGUGAAACACAACUCAGUGAGGAUGACAGAACAAAUUUCAAGAUACAGAGCAUUGGGGCUAAUAAAUUCCUCGUUGUACUUGAGCUCGAUGAUGUCAUUGAGACUGAUGCUGGAUUGUACAAGGUCAAGGCCAAGAACACCAUGGGCGAGGUGGCGGCGUCUAUCAACCUGAACUUCAGUCCCAUGGACGAGCCUAGAGAAAAACAAAUCGAUGGUAUUGCGCCAACAUUCGCGAAAAAACCUGCCAUUAGACAAGAGGACGAUGGCAAGAGAUUGGUCUUCGAAUGCCGCAUCACUGCCGAUCCGACACCCAAAGUCUCGUGGUUUCAUGACGGAAAUCUUGUCAAGAAUUCGCCGAGGCACAAGCUGGCCAUUGAUAAAGAUGGCCACUCGUACUUUGCCAGUCUCGAGAUUAAAAAUGUGACCGUUGAGGAUGCUGGAAAAUACAAGGUCAAUGCAACGAACGAGCUCGGCGAAUCCAACGCAACAAUUUCCCUGAAUUUCGAUAGCGACGAAGCGCCCGUACCCGAUGACGGCAUCAAACCGACAUUCACCGAACGACCCGUCAUUAGACAGUCCGAUGAUGGCAACACUAUAACAUUUGAGUGUCGAUUAGUCGGAGAUCCAAAACCUAGUGUUAAGUGGUAUCAUGGAACCAACGAACUGAAGGAGAGUGGAAGGUUCAAGAUAUCCCUCGAGAUUGACCAGAAACUGUACUAUCUCGCUAGACUACAGAUUAGCAAUGUCGCUAAGGCUGAUGGGGGUGAAUACAGAGCUGUUGCUAAGAACAAAAAUGGACAGGGGACUGCGACGAUUAAUCUCAACUUUGAAGGCGGAGACAAACCGAAAAUUCCCGACGGCAAGGCUCCACGUUUCCCAAAAAAGCCAACAAUCCGUCAAGAGGGUGAUUUACUCAUAAUGGAGUGUAUUCUCGAGGCCCACCCAGUCCCCGAUAUAACCUGGUACCAAGGGACAUCACCAAUCAACGGUAGUUCACGGAUAAAGAUGUCGAGGAAAGCAACUGGCAAGGACACAUAUUUACUCACCCUUGAAAUCACAAAUCCUACAAAGGCAGACGGUGGAAACUACCGUUGCAAUGCGUUUAACAAUUACGGAGAGAGUAAUGCAAACAUCUCACUCAAUUUCCAAGAUGCAGAAGACGCGGCUGGUUUCGCUCCGACAUUCAUCGAGAAGCCGCGCAUCAUUCCGAACGAGAGUGGUACACUUAUCACCAUGAAGUGCAAGUGCAAAGCCAAACCCAAGCCUGAAGUGACAUGGUUCCGUGGUACGAAUGUCGUCAAGGAAACCGCAAAGAUAACGAUUAGCGAAAAGUCGUUGGAAGAAGAUGUCUAUGAAUUGACUAUGGAGAUAAAAGAACCCUCUGGUCCAGAUGGUGGUACAUACAGAUGUCACGUGGAGAACGAAUUCGGCCAAAGUAACGCAAAUCUCAAUCUCAACAUCGAGGCGGAACCUGAACAGGAAGGGGAUGGUCCCACAUUCGUGGAAAAGCCGAGAAUUCAGUCGUCAGACGGUGGAAAAGUCGUCAUCAUGGACUGCAAGGUCAGUGCCAAUCCCAAGCCAGAUAUUGUCUGGACUCAUGCUGGAAAGAUUAUCAAGGAAUCAUCGAAAAUUUCGAUGACCGUGGUUGAAGAGAAAGAGGGUAUCUAUUACAUCAAACUGAUACUUAACGAUCCCGGCGCUGAGGAUUCUGGACUUUACAAGUGUAAUAUCAAGAACAACCUGGGUGAACUCAAUGCCAAUCUCACUCUGAAUGUUGAAAUUAUUCCGGUGAUCAAGGAGAAGCCCAAGGUCGUCAAGAUAAUAAAGAAGAAGACAGUGAUUGUAGAAUGCACAGUUCUAUCGAAAUUCGCUCCUGACUGCACGUGGUUCAAGGAAGCACAAGCAGUUCAAGUCGAUGAGAGGCACAAACUUCAUGUCGAGAAGAUCAAGGAGGGCGAGUUCGCUGUUAAACUUGAAAUCGAGCAAGUUUCAACGGCCGACAAGGGUAAAUACAAACUUGUGGCGAGAAACGAGAAGGGUGAAGCUACCUCACAAGUCGUCGAGGUUGCUGAACUACCGGAGGAAGUUGAGAAACCGAAGAUCGGGUCUGGAUUGAGAACUGUGACUGUUGAGCACGGAGAGACUGUUGAGUUGAGUGCUUGUCUCACGAAGCAGGAUAAGAAGAACAAGUGUACUGUGGAGUGGUACAAAGAUUCGAAAAUCAUAACAACAACGAAGAAUGUCAGCAUUUUAUUCAAUGGAAUUGAGAUGAAACUCGUUAUAACUUCAUCGACUGAAGAAUUCAGUGGUACCUACAAAGUUGUUGUAAGGAACGAAGCUGGACAGGAUGAGUCGAGUGGCCAAGUCACCGUCAAGAAACGCGAGGAGAAGGAGGAAGGGGAGGAGGAAGAGAAGAAGAAGAAGAAGAUUGUGAAAAAGAAGAAGGAAGAGGAGGAGACGAUUGAGGAGACGAAAAAGGUGGAGGAAGAAAAGAAGAUAGAAGAGAAGAAGAAAGAGGAGAAGAAGAAGAUGGACGAGAAAAUUGAAGAGGUGAAGACAAUCGAGGAGAAGAAAAAAGAGGAGAAGAAGAAAAUUGAAGAGGUGAAGAAAAUUGAGGAGAAGAAAAAGGAGGAGAAGAAGAAAAUUGAGGAAGUUGCGAAGGUGGAGGAGGAGAAGAAGAAGGAUGUGAAGAAGAAGGUUGACGAGAAAAUCGAGGACGUCAAGAAGAUCGAGGAGAAGGAAAAUUCAAUAUCAAAUUCGGUAAAUGGUGCUGAUGAUGAUAGCGAAGUAACUGAUGAUGAUGCUGAAGAUCUGGUGAGUGCCAUCGAGUCCAGUAUUGCUGAACCUAUCGUCGAUGAACCACAGUCUGACAUUUCUCAAUCCAUUUCAAACGUUGAGGAAAACGGAGACGCUAAACCAAAUGGUAUCGCGAAACCGGAAAAGAGAAAAGAAGUCUUGAAGAAGGAUGAAGAGGUCGUUAACAACGUUGAAGUCGUUGAAGAAAGGAAAUCUAUCAAGAAAAAAACUGAGCCGAAACCAGAGGAGAAGAAAGAGCCUGAGAAGAAGAAGACCCUCAAGAAGAAGGAGCCAGAAUCCAAAGAUGCAUCACGUGAGACAACUCCGAAGCUUGAAAAAAUUACUUCUCGCAAAUCCUCGAUCAGUCGAGUCGAGGAAUUGAAGACGGAGAGCCGACGCAGCUCACUCAUCUCAACUACUGAGGAAACGGUUGGCGAGGAAAAAUCCGAAAGUCGUCGAUCCUCAAUCGCGAAGAGAAAGGAGUCAGUCUCAUCGGAAAAGAAAGCGGAACCAUCGUUGAAAGCCAAAUCAAAAGAGAAAAUCGAUGACACUAAGGAGAAGCCUAAAAAAUUAUCCGUCGAAGAACCCACUGCUGCGAAGAAACGUCCGUCGAUUUCAAAGAAGAAAACCCCCGAGGAAGAUGGAAAGACUCAACCUGAUCUGGUUGAUGAGAAGCCAAAAAAACCUGAGGAGGGAGUCAUGGCACAACCCAAGACUACCCUUGAAAAACCAGACGAAGCCAAGGAUGACAUCAAGCGCAAGGCUAGUCUCAAAAAGCCGGAAGAACCGAAGGAAGAGCCUAAACCUCCGACUGCCCUCACCAAACCCGAAGACACUAAGGACGAAACUGCUGGCAGGCCCAGUAUCAAAAAGCCCGAACCCAAGGAGGCAGCUAAGCCCGAAUCAACUCUUGGAAAACCCCAGGAGCUCAAGAAGGAUGGAUUUACCCCUAAACCCAAAAGUACUCUUGGCAAACCGCAACCACUUCAGAAAGAGGAGGCAAUCCUGCGCAAGACCAGCUUGAAGCCUGUGCAAAAGCCGGAAGAGAAAAACCUCGACGUAAAACUCAAGAAAACGGAGAGAGGGGAGAAGCAGGACGUGAAGAAGGUCAAGGGAUCCAAGGCGGACAAGGAGAAGAGCUACGAGCUGCCAGAGAUACCGGAUUAUGAGCGUCCAGUUCUGGAGAAACCUCAGGAAUUCGAGUUCAGCGCGUAUGAGGGCCGCGACAAAACCAAACUCGAUCGUCCAACAACUCAGAAGUUCGAGUCAGGGCCGAAAGUUCCGUCGAUCAAAACACCGGAGAUCAAAGCCCCUGAGGCACCGACUAUCGAAGUCUCCAAGGAGAAAUCACCGACUCCUUCGCCACUUGGAAGUAGAAGACCUUCUCUUGUACCCAGUGGUGCUGGAAGCCGAAGAGGAUCACUCAUUCCUCCGGAGGAAUUGGGUCGCAGAGCGAGUCUUAUCAUCAGUGACGAGGACAAUAGGAAACUUCGUCCUGGUGAGGUGAUAGAAGAGAAGAAGAUCAGACACGGUCGCCCUGGUGAGGUGCAAACCGGAAGACAGCGACGUCGUCCCAGUGCGGACAUCAGGAGACCAAGCGUGGCGGACCUCGAGAAUAAAAUCAACCAGCCUAGUACCCCCCUCCGAGAUGUCGGACCCGGUGGGCCACCCUCCAUUGUCGAUGUGCAGGAGUCAUAUCCCGUUGUUGAAGAUGCCACGGGUUACGUCACCGUUCAGGUGGAAGGUAAUCCAGCACCAACAUUCAAAUGGUACAAGGGAAUGACGGAGAUCCAUGAGGGUGGUCGAUUCAAAUUCCUCACGGAUUCUGAGACCAAUACAAUCACCUUGUGCAUGAGAAAAGUCAAGCCGAAUGAUGAGGGGCAGUACAAAAUUGUCGUCAGUAAUAUUCAUGGAGAGGACUCGGCGGAAAUGGCUGUCUACGUAUCUGAUGCCAGUGGUAUGGACUUCCGUUCUAUGCUGAAAAAACGAAAAUACGCGAAAUGGGGGAGAGACCAAGCAGAAUUGGAGAAGCCUGAUCUCAAAGAAGUCGAAAAACCAUCAGUCGCCCUGAAGAAAGUGGAGAGGAAACAAGACUCGUUCCUCAAACCUCUGGUGGAUCAGUACGCCAAGGAAGGAAAGGAUAAGAAAGUCAGCUUUGAUGCGAACUUCUCGAAACCAAAUGCCAAGCCCAAGUGGUUCUUCCGCAAGGAUGAAUUAUUCCCAUCGCCAAAGUACAAGUUUAAGAACGAGGAAGAUUCAUAUCAGCUCAUCAUUUCAAACCCCAAAGUCGAAGACACUGGAAAGUACACAAUUGAUAUCGGUGGAAUUACGAGCACUGCUUUCCUGAAUGUCGAUGAACCUGAUCCCUCCUACAGUUUCAUCAAGCCCCUAUCGAAGCAAUCAGCCGGUUACACGAAGCACGAAGUCUUCUUGGAAUGUACUCUCAGCUCGAACAUGGCAACAGUCACCUGGUACAAGGGAAAAACAAAACUCGAGGAUGGUGACGUGUACAGCAUCUCCAAGGACAUGUCAGGUGUCUGCAGGUUAACAAUAAAGAAAGGAAAAUUGGAGGACAGUGGUGAAUACACUUGUAAAAUCAACAAACAGACUGAAAAAACCGAAACUGUUCUCACAGUCGAGGAUUACCCCUACAAAUUCGUCAAGGUCCUCAAACACCAGACAACAACGGAAAAAGAAACCAUCACAUUGCUCUGCGAAUUGGACGACGAAGCUGGUGACGUUGAGUGGUUCAAGGGAGAUCAGAAGAUCACAGCUGAUAAACGAGUUCAGAUCAAGGAAGAUGGUCGCAAACGAAAGCUCGUCAUCAAGGACUGCAAGGUGACCGAUGCAGGUCUUUACUCCUGCGUCAGUAAUGCUGACAAAACCGAAGCAGAAAUAAUUGUCAAUUACCUGAAUCGUUUCAACAAGAAAUUGAAAGACACGACUGCUGUCGAACGUGAGAAGCUAGUUCUUGAUGUUGAACUUCAGGACCAGACAGCACCAGCUGAAUGGUUCUUCAAUGGUAAGCCCAUUGAACCGAACGAUAGGAUUGAAAUAAAGAAUCUGGGAGGUGGAAAGCACCAGCUUGUCUUCAACAAGACAGAGAUGAGUGAUGAUGGAGAGAUCACCUGCAAGAGUGGAGAGCUGAGCAGUAGUUGUCAGUUGACAGUGAGAAAAGGUGAGAGCAAGCCCAUCGCUGAAAUUCCAGACAAGGUUGAAGGUCCCUGUGCCUCACCCAUCGUCUUCACUAUUCCUUACAAGAUCGAGGGCACCAAACAGACCCCUGUGGAGGCUAAACUGAUGAAAGACGGCAAGGCGUUGCCCCUCAAAGAUGUCGAGAUCGUCGUGGGAGAAGACAAGAUCACCUUCAAAAUUAAGAAACCCCAGCGUGAUCAGUCUGGUAUCUACCAAGUGAGGAUUGGAAAUGGUCAGGGUGAGGAGGUCAAGGACGUAAACGUCGUCAUGCAGGACGCCCCAUCACCCCCACGAGAUGUCGAUGUAACAGACGUCUUCGCGACUUCUUGCGUUGUAUCGUUCAAACCAUCUGAGGACGAUGGUGGCUCGCCAAUAACCAAAUACGUCAUUGAGCGUUUGGACAUGAGCCUGAAGAACCAGUGGGACAGUGUUGGUGAGGUACUGCCCGGUGAGAAGUGUACGUUCAAAGUUGAAGACCUCAAGACCAAGAAGGAGUACAAAUUCCGCAUUCGUGCGGUAAACAAAAUUGCCUCGAGUGAGCCAGCAACCUUUGGUAAACCCAUCCUUGCUAAGGACCCCUGGGACGAGCCUGGCAAGCCUGGUAACGUUGAGGUGGUGGACUGGGACGUUGAUCAUGCUGACUUAACGUGGAGUAAACCAGAGAGCGAUGGAGGUGCACCAAUCACUGGCUACGUCAUCGAGUACAAGGAGAAAUUUGGAAAGGAGUGGGUUAAAGGUAAGGAGAUCGAGGGUGAUGUCACCAAGGGGACUAUCGAUGGCCUGAAGGAGGGAGGACAGUACGAGUUCAGAAUACGUGCUAUCAACAAAGCUGGUCCUGGCACACCAUCAGACCCCACCAAACCCAUAAUAGCCAAAUGUAGAUUUGUCAAGCCGUUCAUUAUCGGUGAUCAGCUGACGAAUCUUGUCGUCAAGAAAGGACAAGUCAUCAAGUACGACAUCAAGUAUGGAGGUGAGCCAGAGCCCGAGGUCAAGUGGUUCCUGGGGAGCAAAGAACUCGUGCAAGAUUCUGCUGAGAGAAUUACCAUCGAUAAGUACGAGAGGAAUACAGUGCUGACAGUCAGAAAAACCGUUCGUGCUGACUCUGGAAAAUACAAAUUGGUCCUCAGCAAUGGUUCUGGCGAGUGCGAGAGCAUGGCUGAUGUUGUAGUUCUUGACAAACCAACACCACCGAAGGGACCACUCGUCACUGAAGAAGUUCGAUCUGAUCAUAUCACUGUCAAGUGGAAGAAACCAGUUGACGAUGGUGGCACUGACAUCACUGGGUACACUCUGGAGAAAAUGGAUAUGGACACUGGGAGGUGGAUUCCUGCUGGUGAAGUUGGUCCUGAAAUGGACACCUUCACCUUCCCAGGUCUCACUCAGAAUAAGAAGUACAAGUUCAGGGUGAAGGCGAUGAACAAAGAGGGAGAGUCAGAGCCACUGGUUACGGAUGAAGCAAUUGUUGCCAAGAAUCCUUAUGACGAACCAGACAAGCCUGGUAAACCUGAAAUCUUUGAUUACGAUAAUAUGAGUGUAUCCCUGCGCUGGGCGAAACCCGAGAAAGAUGGUGGACGUCCAAUAACGCAUUACGUCGUCGAGAUGAAGGACAAGUUCUCACCGGAUUGGGUGGAAGUACUGAAGACACCAGACGCAACUGCUGAAGCCAAGGUGGAGGGUCUUAAGGAGAAGAUGGUCUAUCAGUUCAGGGUUCGUGCUGCGAAUAAAGCAGGUCUCUCUCAGCCCAGUGAGCCCACUGACAACCACAUCUGCAAGCACAGAAACCUGAAGCCCAGGAUUGACCGGACAAACUUGAAAUCUGUUGUUAUCAAGGCUGGACGCAAUCACAAAUGGUCUGUCGACGUUAUCGGCGAGCCUCCACCAGUCACCAACUGGAUCUGGCGGGACAAUAUUCCUCUCACAUCGACUGAAAGAAUUAAGAUUGAGAAUGUCGAUUAUCACACUGACUUCAGCAUCAUCAAUGCUGUGCGAAAAGACACUGGGAAGUACACGCUUACAGCUGAGAAUGUCAAUGGAAGGGAUGAGGAGAGUGUGGAGUUGACCGUUCUUGGGAAGCCUGAUGCCCCUGGUGGACCACUGGUGGUGUCCGAUGUUGCGAAUAAAUCGGCCAAGGUGAAGUGGCAGAAACCUGAAGACGACGGUGGUGUUCCCAUCAAAGAAUACGAGAUCGAAAGAAUGGACACUAAAACAGGUAAAUGGGUCAGAUGUGGAAAAGUACCUGGAAACUCACCCAAUACAGAGUUCGAGAUCACAGGACUCAAUCCAGGCAGUGAAUACCUCUUCCGAGUCACGGCUGUUAAUGACGAGGGUGACUCUGAGCCAUUGACCAGUGAGAAACCAAUUUUAGCUAAAAAUCCAUUCGAUGAGCCUAAUGCACCAGGCACCCCUCUUAUCACGGACUACGAUAACGAAUCAGUCAGUAUCAAGUGGACAGCACCGGACUUCGAUGGUGGUGCGCCAAUCGAGAAAUACAUCAUUGAGAAGAAAGAUAAAUACAAGCCAGAUUGGGAGAAAGCAAUGGAAGUGCCUGCUACUGAUGAUCUCACAGCUAGAGUCGAUGGCCUGAAAGACCGUGCUGAAUAUCAAUUCAGAGUUAUCGCUGUUAACAAGGCAGGGUUGUCGCCACCGUCUGGUGCCUCAAAGAUGCAGAUGGUGAAGCAUAAGGCACUUAAACCAAGAAUCGAUCGCACGAAUCUGAAGCCAAUUGUCGUGAGAGCUGGCAAGACCAUCAAAUACGAUGUGGAUGUUCGUGGUGAGCCACCACCAGAGAUCACCUGGUACCACAAAGAUACAUUGACCAAAUCCGCUGGAAACAUCGAGAUCGUCAAUGUCGAUUACAACACUAAGAUCACAAUUUCCGAUGCUGUUCGUAAGAACACGGGUGUCUGGAAGAUCAAGGCUGUCAAUGCUUCGGGAGAGGACGAGGCAGAAGUGGAAGUGACUGUUCUCUCCGCCCCUGGCAAGCCCAAGGGUCCCCUCAAGGUGUCAGACGUCACCAAGAACGGAUGUAAACUCAAAUGGGAGAAGCCAGAGGAUGAUGGUGGCAAGCCAAUCACUGGGUAUCAAGUGGAGAAGUUCGAUAAGACAACGGGUAGAUGGGUACCAGUUGGACGGACAAAUGAUACUGAAAUGGAUGUGAAGGGAUUGGCAGAAGGACACGAAUACGAAUUCCGAGUUAAAGCGAUUAAUGAGGAAGGUGAGUCCGAGCCGCUGACGACAGACGGUGGAAUUAUAGCGAAGAAUCCGUUCGACGCUGCUGAUAGACCUGGUGUGCCAGAGCUAGAAGAUUGGGAUGUCGAUAGGGUGGACCUCAAGUGGAAGCCCCCGAAGAGUGACGGCGGUGCACCUAUCACUGGUUACAUCAUAGAAAAGAAGGAAAAGCUCUCGCCCCACUGGGAGGAGGCUGCUGAGACCACUGGCCCUGAGCCCAAGGGUCGCGUAGAGGGCCUGGUUAAGGGCAAAGUCUAUCAAUUCCGAGUACGAGCUGUCAAUAAAGCUGGACCCUCCGAGCCCAGCGAUCCCACCAAGCCCCACACUGCCAAAGCAAGAUUCCUCAAGCCCCACAUCAACCGUGAUAAGCUUCAGCAGAUCAAAGUACGUGCUGGCCAACACGUGAAACUCGAAAUCGAUGUGGAGGGUGAACCUCCUCCAACGAUAACCUGGGCACGAGGUGCUAAAGUCCUUGAGAACACACCAAACCUCAAGAUCGAGAAUGAGGACUAUCUGACCAAGAUCAAUAUGUCUCACACAACUCGGAAGGACACAGGCAAAUACACGAUAACAGCUGUCAAUGAUUCAGGGCGUGAUGAGGCUGAUGUUGAAAUCAUAAUCCUGGACAAGCCUGAUAAACCGGAGGGUCCACUGGAAGUCGUCGAUGUUCACAAGGAGGGAUGCAAACUCAAGUGGAAGAAGCCGAAGGACGAUGGUGGUCUUCCACUGUCCUCCUACAUCGUCGAGAAGAUGGAUGUGACGACAGGAAGAUGGGUGCAAGCUGGUGUUGUUGAUCCCGAGAAGACAGAACAGGUGAUCACGGGAUUAGAACCAGGACACAAGUACGAAUUCCGUGUCAAGGCUGUGAAUGAGGAGGGUGAAUCAGAGCCCUUGAACACUGACACUGCCAUAGUCGCCAAGAAUCCUUACGAUGCACCUGCAGCACCUGGACUACCAGAGAUCAUUGAUUGGACUGAGAACACAGUGACUCUCAAGUGGGAACCACCUCACCGAGAUGGAGGUGCGCCAAUUACUGGAUACGUUCUGGAGAUGAAGGAGAAGUUCGGCACAAAUUUCGUUAAAGCUGCAGAGACAUUCGGCCCCAAAUGCGAGGGAAUCGUUCCCAAGUUAGUGGAAGGUAAUCAGUAUCAGUUCCGUGUUCGUGCUGUCAAUAAAGCAGGACCUGGUGAGCCCAGUGAGGCGACCAACUUGCACACUGCCAAAGCCCGCUGGCUGAAGCCUCACAUUGACAGGACUAAUCUCAACCCACUCACCGUUAAAGUCGGUCUCACAAUCAGCCUCGACGUUAACAUCAUCGGUGAGCCACCUCCAGCCGUCUCCUGGUCCUUCAAUGGUUCCCCCAUCCAAACCGAUGAUAUCUACCGUAUCGACAACAUUGAUUACAACACCAAAUUCUUCGUACUGAAGGCGAAGAGGACUCACACAGGUAGAUACAAAAUUUUCGCCAAGAACGAAGUCGGUGAGGACGAGGCAGAGAUCGAAAUCACUGUUCUCGGGAAGCCAACGAAGCCAAAGGGACCACUGGACGUCACCGAUGUGACUAAACACGGUUGCAAGCUCAAGUGGAAACGACCAGAAGAUGAUGGUGGCUCACCAAUCGAAUACUACGAAAUCGAAAAGCUGGAUCCACUCACGGGCAUGUGGAUCCCCUGCGCUAGAGCAACGGAGCCCGAGGCCAACAUCACUGGUCUUCUCGAGGGAAAACCAUACAAAUUCCGGGUGAAAGCGGUCAACAAGGAGGGAGACUCUGAGGAACUUGAGGCUGACAAAUCCAUCAUCGCGAAGAAUCCAUUCAACGAACCCAGCAAACCUGGUCGUCCUGACAUCAAAGACUGGGACAAGGACUUUGUUGAUCUCGCCUGGUCACCACCUGAGGACAAUGGUGGUGCCAAUAUCGAGAAGUAUAUCGUCCAGAUGCGCGACAAGGACGGCAGACAGUGGGUGGAUGCUGCGAUGGUCGUGGGUGAUCGAACCCACGCCAAAGUCACCGAGGGAAUUGAACCGGGACACGAGUACGAAUUUCGGGUGGUGGCUGUUAACAAGGCAGGUCCUAGUGAGCCCAGUGACGUGUCGAAAUCCGUGAUCGCGAAGCCGAGAUUCCUCGCUCCCAGGAUCGAUCGAAAGAACCUGACAAAGAAGACGCUGCGAGUGGGCCAGAUGUUGCGAUUGGAGGCUGACAUCAAAGGCGAGCCUCCUCCAACAGUCACCUGGAAGUACAAGGGGGCAAUCCUGAAGACGGUUGAUCGUCUCAAGAUUGAUAAUGAGGAUUAUCACACCCUUUUUAUACUGAGCAAACUCCAGAGGGCGGAUACAGGUAGCUAUACGGUGACAGCAGUAAACGAGAGUGGAACUGAUGAAGUUGAGAUAGAAGUAAUUGUCACGAGCAAGCCCAGUAAACCAAAAGGUCCUCUGGAUGUUGCUGAUGUGACAGCAGGCGGCUGCAAACUGAAGUGGAAAGCCCCUGAGGAUGAUGGUGGCGAGCCAAUAGAUCAUUACGUCGUUGAACGAAUGGACGUGGAUACAGGGCGAUGGGUGCCCUGUGCAACUACUAAGAAUCCUGAAGCCGAUAUUACCGGUCUCAAUGAGGGUAAGGACUACAUGUUCAGGGUUAAGGCUGUGAAUGCAGAGGGCGAUUCUGAGCCACUGGAGACUGAUAUACCGAUCACUGCCAAAAAUCCAUUCAAGGAGCCUGACCCCCCUGGUAAGCCAGAGUUCAAGGACUGGGACAAGCGUCAUGUUGAUCUCAAAUGGACAGCACCGAAACGAGAUGGUGGUGCACCCAUUGAAAAGUACAUUAUUGAGAAGAAGGAUAUGUAUGGAAAGUGGCAGAAGGCUGCUGAAGUUCCUGGGACCCAGACGCGGGGAACUGUUGAGGAUCUCACGGAGGGACAGAAGUAUCAAUUCAGGAUUAAGGCUGUUAAUAAGGGUGGUGUGAGCCAGCCCAGUGAUGCCAGUGAUAUUCUAACUGCUAAAGAUCGUUAUGCUGCGCCUAGGAUCGAUAGAACUAAUCUGAGAGAUCUCACGAUCAAAGCUGGCAAUCACAUACGUUUGGAUGUCAAAGUCAGUGGUGAACCACCUCCAUUGAAGGCAUGGUGGUACAAUAAAGUCAAGCAAGAGGAUGGACACUUUGUGCAGCUGGAAUUUGAAGACUACAAGACCAAGUUCAUGGUGGGAUCUGCCACCAGAGCACACUGUGGCACACUGACACUGAAGGUGGAGAAUGACUCCGGUAAAGAUGAGGCUACCAUCGAAAUUUUGGUCCUCGAUAAACCUGGUAAACCUGAGGGUCCUCUCAAGGUUUCUGAUGUUCAUAAAGAGGGAUGCACUCUCAAGUGGAAUUCACCGCUUGAUGAUGGUGGUGUACCUAUUGAGCACUAUGUUGUUGAGAAACAGGAUACGGAAACUGGCAGAUGGAUACCUGUUGGUAGGACAAAGGAGCCCAACAUCGAGAUUGAUAAUCUUGUUCCUGGUCAGGAGUAUAAGUUCCGUGUUGCUGCGGUCAAUGCCGAGGGAGAGUCCGAGCCUUUGGUGACGGAUCACAGUAUUGUGGCGAAGAAUCCAUUCGAUGAGCCAGGUGCACCAGGCCGCCCAGAGGCAACUGACUGGGAUAAGGAUCACGUUGACCUAAGAUGGACUCCACCGUUGACUGACGGUGGAAAUCCAAUCACCGGUUACGUAAUUGAAAAACGAGAAAAGGGUACACCGAAAUGGGUCAAAGCGUGCGAAACUGUUGGACCAGAAUGCAAAGGUCGAGCUGAGAAUCUCGAUGAAGGAACUGAGUAUGAGUUCCGUGUCAGAGCAAUAAAUGCUGCUGGUCCCGGUGAACCGUCUGACGCCAGCAAGUCCGUCAUCGCCAAGUGUCGACGAGUACCACCGAAGAUUGAUCGUCGCAAUCUUCGUGACGUUAAUAUUCGCGAAGGCGAACGUUUCCACUUUGACGUCAAGGUGUCGGGUGAACCAGCGCCAGAUGUUACAUGGUUGAUUAAUGAAAAGAGUGUCCAUGUGACAACUCAUCGUAAAGUCGUUAAUGAACCGAACAACACGAAAUUCUAUAAUGACAAAGCUGAGCGCAAAGACACUGGUGUCUACAAAAUUACAGCUGUCAAUCAGUACGGCAGUGAUACUGCUGAGGUCGAGAUCAUUGUCGUUUCUAAGCCAUCGAAGCCCGAAGGGCCUCUGGACGUCUCGGAUAUUCACAAAGACGGUUGCACCCUGAAAUGGAAAAAACCAAAGGACGAUGGCGGUGAGCCGAUCGAAGGCUACCUGGUAGAGAAAUACGACCCUGAAACAGGUGUUUGGCUGCCAGUUGGCAAGUGUGCCGGUACAGAGAUGAAGGUCGAGGGACUCACCCCAGGACAUGAGUACAAAUUCCGCGUGAAAGCGAUAAACUCAGAGGGUGAAUCCGAGCCCCUGGAAACCUACGGCUCAAUCAUCGCCAAGGAUCCAUUCACCGUGCCUUCAGCACCAGGGGCACCUGAGCCCACUGACUGGUCAGCCAAUACCGUCGACCUCAAGUGGAGGGAACCAUUCUCAAAUGGAGGAUCACCAAUCACUGGUUAUAUCAUUGAGAAGAAGGACAAGUACAGUACAAUGUGGGAGAAGGCUAUGGAGACUAACGUACCCCAGCCAGAGGCGCACAUUACAGGCCUCAUCGAGGGUAAUGAGUACCAAUUCCGUGUUAUUGCUGUCAACAAGGCUGGCCAAUCCGAGCCUGGAGACGUCAGCAAGACAUUCCUGGCAAAACCACGGUUCCUAGCCCCAAAGAUUGAUCGAAGACACUUGAGAGACAUCACUCUCUCUGCUGGCUCAACCCUCAAAUUCGAUGCAGCUAUCACUGGUGAACCACCACCACACGUUGACUGGCGCUGUGGCUCUGUUCCCGUCGUUGCUGGGAAGACUACCAUUUUGGAGAACCCACCAUACAGCACAAAACUGAUCAUACGUCCAGUCUCACGUGGAAACAGUGGGGAAUACGUGGUAACAGCCAGCAAUUCAUCUGGCAAAGAUCAAGUUACCAUUCAAGUAAUCGUCACUGAUAAGCCCGCCGCUCCUGAAGGACCUCUCCAGAUCUCAGAUGUCCACAAGGAGGGCUGCAAACUCAAAUGGAAAAGACCUCUGGACGACGGUGGCACUCCCAUCGAGUACUAUCAAGUCGAGAAAAUGGACCCUGAGACUGGCUGCUGGGUGCCCUGUGGACGCUCCACAGAACCCAACAUCGAUGUGACUGGUUUAACCCCAGGAAAGGAGUACAAAUUCCGGGUGGCAGCAGUCAACUCAGAGGGCGAAUCCGAGCCUCUGACUGCUGAAGAAACAAUCGUAGCCAAGAAUCCAUUCGAUGAACCUGGCAAGCCGGGUAAUCUCAAGGCCACAGACUGGGACAAGGACCACGUGGACCUCAAGUGGACACCACCAACCGACGACGGUGGCUCACCAAUCAUUGGUUACGUCGUCGAGAAGAAGGACAAAUAUGGGGAUUGGGAAAAGGCUGUUGAGGUACCUGCUGACAUCUGCUUCGCUAAAGUACCGGAUUUGGUAGAGGGUCAGCCCUACGAAUUUCGUGUUCGUGCUGUCAAUGCUGCUGGACCUGGUGAGGCGUCAGAUCCAACACCGACGAUCAUAGCUAAACCGAGAAACCUGGCGCCUCGGAUCGAUCGUACUAAUCUCAUUGAUAUUAAAAUCAAAGCUGGUCAGAACUUCAACUUCGAUGUUAAGGUUACGGGUGAGCCUGCACCAACAACAAGAUGGCAACUUGCCAGUAGAGAAGUUACCUCGAGCGAUCGUAUAAAGGUAAAGCACGUUGAUUACGCCACCAGUCUGAGUGUGAGGAUGGCAACGAGAGCUGAGUCUGGUAGAUACUCGAUUAUUGCAGAGAAUAUCAAUGGAAUUGACACAGCCGAGGUGAGAGUAACUGUUCUUGACAAGCCUGGAGCACCGGAGGGACCACUUAGGGCCUCUGAUAUUCAUGCUGAAGGCUGCACACUCACCUGGAAUCCACCGGAGGAUGAUGGUGGUCAGCCCAUUGAGAACUACGUUGUCGAGAAGAUGGACGACGCCACUGGAAGAUGGGUGCCUGCUGGAGAAACCCUAGGACCUGAGACAAGCCUCAAAGUCGAUGAUCUGAUACCUGGACACAAAUACAAGUUCCGGGUGCGAGCUGUCAACAAACAGGGCAAAUCUGAUCCCCUGUCCAUGGCCAAGAACAUCGAGGCUAAGAAUCCGUUCGAUCAGCCUGGUAAACCCAGCACUCCAACGAUCACUGAUUACGACACUGACUUUGUUGAACUAGGCUGGAGUCGACCUGUUGAUGACGGUGGAUCACCCAUCACAGGGUACAUCAUCGAAAAACGUGAUAAAUUCAAUCCAAAUUGGGAGGAGUGUGCUAAAGUCGAAGGGGAUGUUACACAUGGCAGAGUUCCUGACCUCAUCGAAGGUACUCAGUACGAAUUCAGGGUGAGGGCUCUGAACAAAGGAGGUGCUGGAGAGCCAUCGGACUCCACGAGACCUCACAUUGCUAGACCCAAGAACCUACCGCCCAAGAUUGAUCGCAAGUACAUGCUGGAUGUUAAGGUGCGUGCUGGUGGAUUCUUCGACUUUGAUGUUCCUGUCAUUGGUGAACCUCCACCAUCGAAGGAGUGGACGUUGAAGGGAGUUGCAGUGAGCAACGACGACCGCAUCAAGAUCACAAAUACUGAUUACAACACUAAAGUCAGGUUUAUGGACGCUCAUCGUCCUGACUCUGGGGUUUACACCCUCACAGUCAAGAACAUCAACGGCAUGGACAGUGCUACACUGAAUGUCAUCGUCAUGGACGUGCCAUCGCCCCCUGAGGGGCCCCUCAAGGUCGAAGAUGUCACCAAGAACGGUUGUUCCCUUACUUGGAGAACACCGAGGGACGACGGUGGCUGUGAAAUCCUCCAUUACACCAUCGAGAAGAUGGAUUCUGAGAGUAUGCGGUGGGUUCCAGUUGCCGAGGCUGAUCACUGUGCAUGCAGGGUUGAUCAUCUCAUCGAGGGACACUCUUACACAUUCAGGGUUCGUGCUGUCAACAAAAUGGGGGAAUCCCAGCCGUUGACUGGUAUCGAUGAGAUCACAGCUAAGGAUCCAUUCGGCAAACCGAACAAACCUGGACAGCCUGUUGCCACUAACUGGGACAAGGAUCACGUGGAUCUUGAGUGGACACCACCGAAGAACGAUGGAGGUGCUUCCAUCACAGGGUAUAUAAUCGAAAAACGACCACGAUUUGGACAGUGGGAGAAAGCUGCUGAGGUCCCAGGAACAGCCUGCAGAGGAACUGCUCCAGAUCUGACUGAAGGUCAGGAAUACGAAUUCCGAGUGAUCGCUGUCAACAAAGCUGGUCCAGGCGAGCCAUCAGAGGCGUCAGCUCCAGUGAUUGCUAAACCUCGCUUCCAAGCUCCGAUAUUCGAUCGACAUCUCCUCAGAGAUAUGACUGUUCGCGCUGGUCAGAAAAUCCUCUACGAUAUUCCUAUUCAAGCAUCACCGAAACCAACUGCCUACUGGAGUAUCAAUGAUGUACCUAUUGAGCAAGAUCUUCGUCAUGAUAUUUUCACCACCACCACAAGCACUACCUUUGAAAUUCCAUUCGCCCAGAGGUCAGACGCUGGACGUUACAAGCUGACUCUCAUCAAUGAUCAUGGGAAAAUAUCAGCUGGUGCCACUGUGACUGUCAUUGACAGGCCAUCACCACCAGAGAGACCACUUGUCGUCAGCAAUGUCUCAAAAGACAUGUGCCAUCUGUCCUGGGGACUGCCACUCGACGACGGUGGCAGCCCUAUUCUCCAUUACAUCAUCGAGAAGAUGGAUGUGUCAAGAGGUACAUGGUCUGACGCUGGAAUGGCAAUGACACUGAAUCACGAGGUUUACAGGCUGACUCAUCGUAAGGAGUAUCACUUUCGGGUGAAGGCUGUCAACAACGUGGGUGAGUCAGAUCCCCUGGAGACCACCAAGAGCAUAAUCGCGAGAAAUGAAUUCGACGAGCCCAGUGCACCUGGAAAACCCAAGAUCACUGAUUGGGACAAGGAUCAUGUUGACCUCACCUGGCCUGCCCCCGAGAGCGACGGUGGCUCCCCCAUCACUGGGUACAUCGUCCAGAAGAAGGAGAAGGGAAGUCCCUACUGGAUAAACGCCUGUCACGUGCCAUCUGGCAAGACCAGUGCCACUGCACCUGAUUUAACAGAAGGCCAGGAAUACGAGUUCAGGGUGAUUGCUGUCAACGAGGCUGGACAAUCAGAGCCCUCAGAACCCAGUGAUGCAAUCAUCGCGAAAACGAGAUUCCUUGCUCCGAAGAUUAAAACACCUCUCGAAGAUAUUCGCAUCAAGGCUGGACUCGUUUUCCACGUGGACAUUGAUUUCGUUGGUGAGCCUACACCUGUGGUUACGUGGACUGUUGCUGGCAAGGAACUGAUGACGACUGAAAGAACAACAAUUACGUCAAUUGGAUACCACACAAUUGUGCACACUGUCAAUGUCAAGAGGUCUGACUCAGGUUGUUAUAAUCUCCACUUGAAGAACGACAGUGGCACUGACGAAGGCAGCUUCAAUCUGAUCAUUUUGGACCGACCAGGGCCACCGGAGGCUCCACUGGAGUACGAGGAAAUCACCAGCCAAUCGGUCACCCUCUCCUGGAAACCACCGAAGGACAAUGGAGGCAGUGAAAUCACUGGAUACGUUAUCGAGAAACGUGACUUAACUCACGGUGGUGGCUGGGUGCCAGCAGUCAACUACGUCAAUCCAAAGCAGACUUAUGCCACUGUACCACGUCUCCUGGAAGGCACAAAGUACGAAUUCAGGGUGUCUGCUGAGAAUCUCCAGGGACGAUCCGACCCACUGAAGACAGAUCGUGCAGUAGUAGCGAAGAACCAAUUCGGUGUGCCUGGACAGCCUGGCAAGCCCGAGUGCAUUGAUGCUGACAAGGACCACAUUACCAUCAAAUGGACGCCACCAAUCAGCAAUGGAGGCUCGCCCAUCCUCGGAUACGACAUAGAACGCCGGGAUCGUGCGACUGGACGAUGGAUAAGACUCAACAAAGAGCCCCAGAAGGACAAGGAAUACCUGGACGAGCACGUGGCUGAAGGCCAUCAGUACGAGUACCGAGUCACAGCUAUCAACGCAGCUGGCCCUGGAAAAGCCAGUGACGCCUCUAACGUCAUCACAGCUAGACCAAUGAAGGAAAAACCGAGACUUCAUCUCGAUGCACUAUUGGGUCGCAAGAUCAGAGUACGUGCUGGUGAGCCCAUCCACAUCGACAUCCCCAUUUCUGGCGCUCCAACUCCAACAGUCUCGUGGCUGAAGGACGGUGGUCAUCUCCCAGAUGUCUAUCGCAUGACCACGGAAACCAAGAGCGAUCAUACAGUGCUGCUGGUUGAAAAAUCAAUUCGUGAAGACGCUGGCUUCUACACGGUCAGAGCCACCAACGAGUACGGAGAGGACUCGGCUGACAUCCAAGUGAUAGUCGUUGACAAACCAUCACCACCGAAGGGACCACUCCUCUACUCUGGCACCAACCACGAGUCUGUGUCGCUUUCUUGGAGUCCACCCGACGACACCGGUGGUGCAGCCAUCACAAACUACCUCGUCGAGAUAUGCGACUUUGGAAUGGAUAAUUGGAGGCAGGUCCCAGGAUACUGUCCCACGUGUAACUUCACAGCUAGGGGUCUCCAAGAAGGCAGAAGAUACAUCUUCAGGGUGCGGGCUGAGAACCUCUACGGAGUGUCUGAACCCCUCGACGGUAAACCAGUGAUCGCGAAGAGCCCAUUCGAUCCUCCCGGUGCACCAAACCAGCCCGAAAUUCUUGGGUACACCCCCAACACCUGUACUCUCGCCUGGAAUCCACCAGAACAUACUGGUGGGAAGCCGAUCACCGGGUACUACGUUGAGAAGCGUGAGAGAGGUGGAGAGUGGCUCAAAGCCAACAACUACCCAACUCCAAACACAACCUUCUCAGUUCAGGAUCUUCAUGACGGCAGUCGCUACGAGUUCCGGGUGAUCGCUGUCAAUGAAGCGGGUCCUGGUGAUCCCAGCAGAGCGACUGAACCGAUCACUGCUGGACAUCAGAGGCUCCGUCCCGACGCCCCAGAGCCUCCCAAGGCCGAUCGCAUUACGAAGGACUCGGUCACCCUCUCGUGGCGUCCACCACGCAACGACGGUGGUGCCAAGAUUCGUGGAUACCACAUUCAAUCCAAGAGGAAGGACGAGUCCGACUGGAACGACGUCAACGGUGCCAUCAUCACUGGCAACGUCUACACUGUGCCCAAGCUCAGGGAAGGCGACGAGUACCAAUUCCGUGUGAUCGCUGUCAACGACGUGGGCAAGAGCGAUCCCAGUCGUGCCAGUAACCCCAUAAUCAUCGAGGAGCAGCCCAACAAACCGAUCCUCGAUCUCAGUGGACUCAGAGACAUCACAGUGCGGGCUGGCGAAGACUUUUCCAUUCACGUUCCCUACAUUGGCUUCCCCAGGCCAGCAGCUACGUGGUUCGCCAAUGACGUUGUCUUCGAUGAAACCGACAAGCGAGUGCAUCAACAGCAGGGCGAUGACUUCGUCAGUCUAGUCGUCAAAAACUCGAGGCGCAAGGACGGAGGGCAGUACCGUCUGCAGCUUCGUAACCAAGCUGGAUUCGACACUGCUACGGUCAACGUCAGGGUGCUCGACCGUCCUGGGGCACCACAGAACCUCCGCGCUGACGAGUUCGCUGGCGAUGCUCUCACGUUGUACUGGAAUCCCCCGAAGGACAAUGGUGGCGCCGACAUCACCAACUAUGUGAUCGAGAAACGCGAGGGAAGACUCGCCUCCUGGGUGAAGAUCAGUGGCUACGUGACGACUCCAUUUGUCCGUGUACGCAAUCUCAAUGUCGGACAAGAGUACGACUUCCGGGUGAUGGCAGAGAACCAGUACGGGACGUCUGAUCCUGCCGAGACGAGGGAGCCCAUCAGGGCGAGAUAUCCCUUCGACGUGCCGACGGCGCCAGGUGCCCCGCGGGGAAUUGAAACCAGUGAGGACAGCAUAACCAUCUCCUGGACGAAACCACGAAGCGAUGGUGGUUCACCCAUCACAGGUUACAUCCUCGAGAGGCGUGGCAUCAGCGAGGAGAAGUGGAUCAAAGCCACGCCAAUUCACAUUCAGGACACAAGCUACAAAGUCUCGGGGCUUAUUGCCAAUCACGAUUACGAGUUCAGAGUGGCUGCUGUCAACGCAGCUGGACAGGGGCCAUUCAGCGCAAGCUCAGACGCCAUUCGUGCGUGUGCUCCGACAUUCGCGCCAAAGAUCACCAGCGAUCUGAGCAUUCGCGAUAUGACUGUCAUCGCUGGCGAGCCCUUCUCCAUCACAGUGCCCUUCACUGCCAAUCCAAAACCGAGACCAAACUGGUCGAUCAACGGGGAGGAGGUCUACACGGACUCCAGGAUUAGAUUUGAAACGUCUGAUAUUGCCUCCAAGUUUAUCAACUCCAAGGCCAAACGCAGUGACACUGGAAAUUACACGAUUAAUCUUAUUAACACUGUGGGAUCUGACACUGCGUCGUGCAGGGUGCUCGUCGUUGACAAGCCCUCGCAUCCUCUGGGUCCUCUGGACGUCUCGGACAUCACUCCAGAGACAUGCACCCUCAGCUGGAAGCCACCGUUCGACGAUGGUGGCUCACCAGUCACCAACUACAUCGUUGAGAAACUCGAUCCUGGUGGCUACUGGGUCAAACUCUGCAGCUUCGUCCACAAUACUCACUACAAUGUAAUCGGGCUGGAGCCAAAUCGCAAGUACAACUUCAGGGUGCGUGCGGAGAACCAGUACGGUGUGUCAGACCCACUGACCGGUGAGGAGCCAAUAAUGGCCAAGUUCCCGUUCAAUGUGCCAGAGCCACCCUCUCAGCCUCGUGUCAUCGACUGGGACUCAGACAGCAUCACCAUUCAGUGGGAGAAGCCCGUCUCAGACGGUGGCUCUCGUAUUCAGGGGUACAAGGUCGAGUGGCGUGAUCCCUCUGAUGCACACUGGAAGGUCGCCAAUGACUACCUGGUGAAGGACACUCACUACGUGUGUUACGGUCUCUCCAGUGGUCAUGAGUACGAGUUCAGAGUGAGGGCGAAGAACGCUGCUGGCUUUAGCAAGCCAAGUCCACCUUCUGUUCAGUUCAAAUUACGAAGCAAGUUCAAUGUUCCCUCCCCCCCUGGUACCCCUCAGGUCAUCAAAGUUGGAAAGAACUACGUUGACCUCAGGUGGGAGGCACCAACGUCCGAUGGUGGCAGCAGAAUAACAGGAUAUGUCAUCGAGAAACGUGAGAUUGGAUCAGCAAUCUGGCUCAAGUGCAAUGACUACAACGUCACUGAUCUUGAUUACACUGUCAUGCACUUGAUAGAACGUGGUGACUACGAAUUCCGAGUGUUUGCUGUGAAUGCUGCUGGGAGAUCAGAGCCCAGUUCUUGCACGACACCCGUCAAAGUCUGUGAGGUUGAGGGUGGUGAGAAACCAGAGUUCAAGAGGCCACUGCCAAUUAGUCAGGGUGUGCCCCUUGGCAAGACAUUUGUACUGGAGUGUCAGGCGACUGGGAAACCCAUGCCGACACCCAGGUGGUUGAGGAAUGGUCGUGAGAUCACUAUGGGCGGACGUUUCAGGACUGAAACCCACGAGGAUGGCCUCUUCAGGCUCAUCAUCUCAGAGGUUUGGGAGGCCGACAGUGGAGACUACAGCUGUCAAGCUGCUAAUCCACUUGGCAUCGCAACAACCACCAUGAGAUUGAAGAUCGGCACACCACCGCGAAUUGAACGUAUGCCCCAGGUUCUCUUGCUGGUUGAAAAGGAGAACGCCAAGAUCAAGAUUUAUUACUCUGGAGACCAGCCCAUGGACAUUGUUCUCAAGAAGGAUGGCCACAAGGUGGUAGAAUCUUCGCACAUAAAGUACACUGUUUUCGACGAAUACCUCAUCAUCUUUAUCAAGGACAUUGAAAAGGACGACCAAGGGAUCUACGAGCUCUCCAUCAGUAAUGACAGUGGCAGUGUCAGUGGAUCCUUCACUGCCCAGAUCACUGGAACCCCUGGACCCCCAGUGGGACCUCUCGACGUCUCAGAAAUCAACAAACACACUUGCACACUGUCCUGGCUGCCACCGAAGACAGACGGUGGUCUUCGUGUCACUCAUUACGUUGUCGAACGCAAGGAGAUGACACAGGGCCACUGGCUGACAAUCUCCAGCUCCUGUAAGGACACCAACUUCCUGGUUCAAGGCUUAAUCGAGGGAUACGAGUAUCUCUUCCGAAUAAGAGCAGUCAAUGACAAUGGAAUGGGACCACCACUGGACGGCGUCAAUCCCAUCAGGGCGAAGGCACCCUUCGACCCACCAGGACCACCAGGCACUCCAAAGGUCCUCGAAAUCGGUGGUGACUUUGUCAACCUCUCCUGGGAUAAACCUGAAACCGAUGGAGGUGCCAAAAUCCAGGGCUACUGGAUCGAAAAACGCGAAGUGGGCAGCAAAUCCCAAGCCUGGAUACGUGUCAAUCCUGCAAUCUGCCCUGCCAACAUCAUCAAUGUCACGAAUUUAAUCGAGGGAAGACAGUACGAGUUCCGUGUAUUCGCCCAGAACGUCGCAGGCCUCAGCAAGGAGUCGACAGCCUCAACGUCCGUGAAGAUAGUUGAUCCACAGAUCAACAAACCUCCGGAGAUCCUUAAGGGUCUGAAGAACGUCAACUGCAUUCAGAAUCACAACGCCGAGUUCAAGUGCAUCAUCACGGGCAGCCCAACCAUCACCUGGUACAAGGGCGCCCGAGAACUCCAGAAUAGCUCCAAAUACCAGAUCUUCACCGAGGAGGAUUGCCACACACUAGUCGUUCGCGACGUCUAUGGAGAAGACGCUGACGAGUACACGUGUCGUGCUGUCAACCGAGGAGGUCACAAGUCCACCAAGGCAGAGCUCUUCAUCAUGACACCACCGAAACUCAAUGUACCACCACGUUUCCGAGACACAGCCUUCUUCGACAAGGGUGUCAACGUCGUGAUCAAGAUACCCUUCACUGGCUUCCCAAAACCAAAAAUCACUUGGGUGAGGGAGGGUGAGAAUAUCGAGUCCGGUGGGCACUACUUCGUGGAGACAACCGAACGCCACGCCCUCCUGACCAUCAGGGAUGGCCACAGAAACGACUCUGGGCCGUAUCGUAUCACAGCUGCCAAUGAACUCGGUCAGGACACUGCGAUCAUCAAGAUUCAGAUCAGUGAUCGUCCGGAUCCACCGAGAUUCCCACAGGUGGAUAACAUCGGCCACGACUCACUCGCCCUGAGCUGGAGGCCCCCAAUGUGGGACGGUGGCAGCAACAUCACUAACUACGUCGUUGAGAAACGUGAACACCCAAUGACAAGCUGGAUUCGCGUUGGUAAUACGAGAUUCUGCACUAUUGCUGUACACGAUCUGUCGCCAGGGCAUCAGUACGACUUCCGGGUGUCCGCUGAGAACGUCUACGGGCGAUCAGACCCGAGUGAGGAAACUCCCUUGAUCACGACUAAGGGAACGAAGAAAAAGCCAGCGCAGAAGUACGAAGUCAAGUACGACUCUAAAGGGAAGAAGAUUCGAGGAAGGGACGACGAGAAGGUCAAGGAUUACGAUCAGUACGUUUUCGAUAUCUACAGCAAGUACGUCCCGCAGCCCGUGGAGAUCAAGACAACGUCGGUCUACGAUAAGUACGAUAUCCUCGAAGAAAUUGGAACUGGAGCUUUUGGUGUUGUACACAGAUGCAGAGAACGUGCAACUGGCAAUAUCUUCGCUGCGAAAUUCAUCCCGGUGUCUCACGUGAUGGAGAAGGAGCUCAUCAGGAAGGAGAUUGAUAUCAUGAAUCAACUGCACCAUCCUAAACUGAUAAACCUGCAUGACGCCUUCGAGGACGACGACGAGAUGGUCCUCAUCUUUGAAUUCCUGUCAGGUGGUGAACUCUUCGAGAGGAUCACAGCUGAGGGCUACUCCAUGUCUGAAUCAGAGGUCAUCAACUACAUGAGACAGAUCUGUGAUGCCAUCAAGCAUAUGCACGAGAAGAACAUCAUUCAUCUGGAUAUCAAGCCCGAGAACAUCAUGUGUCAGACGAGAAACAGCACUAAUAUCAAAUUAAUUGACUUUGGAUUGGCCACGAAAUUAGAUCCCAAUGAAGUUGUUAAGAUAAGUACAGGAACAGCUGAGUUUGCAGCACCGGAGAUUGUCGAGCGUGAACCCGUUGGUUUUUACACUGACAUGUGGGCCUGUGGUGUUCUGGCAUACGUUCUGCUCAGUGGUCUCUCGCCAUUCGCUGGUGACAACGACAUCGAGACCCUGAAGAAUGUCAAGGCUUGCGACUGGGACUUUGAUGUGGAGGCGUUCCGCCAUGUGUCUGAUGAGGGCAAGGACUUCAUCAGACGACUUCUCGUCAAGAACAAGGAGAAACGCAUGACUGCACACGAGUGUCUCGUUCAUGCCUGGUUGACUGGCGAUCACAGCGACAGAACAAACAGAAUAUCGAGCAGUCGUUACGUCAGCUUCAGGGACAGACUCAGGGCUAAAUACGAAGACUGGGAAAAAUACGUUCUGCCCAUUGGUAGACUGUCGGAAUACUCUUCACUCCGGAAAUUGCUCAUUGAGAAGUACAAAAUUUAUGACUCAACGUUUGAUCGCAGACAAGCUGCACCGAGAUUCGUCAUCAAGCCUCAGAGUGCAUUCACGUAUGAGGGACAGAGUGUCAAGUUCACGUGUCGUGUGAUUGCUAUUGCUGCUCCGACACUCUCGUGGUACCACAAUAAUCAGGAGUUGAGGCAAUCGGUCAAGUUCAUGAAGAGAUACAUUGGGGACGACUACACUUUCAUCAUAAACAGAACUAAAUUGGAGGACAGAGGGGAGUACGUUAUUCGUGCUGAGAAUCAUUAUGGAUACAGGGAGGAGGUUGUCUUCCUCAAUGUGCAGCCUAUGCCCAGGGAAAUGCCACCUUAUAAACCGGAUAUUGCACCUGUUCGUCGCAGGGAACCACUGCCACAGUACUUCUGGCUGGAGCAAACGGAAUCAGCUCCGUGCUUCACUUUUGCUCUUCGUCCACGUGUCAUGCAAAUCAGACAGACCUGCAAGCUACUCUGCUGCUUGAGUGGCAAGCCAACGCCCACUGUGAGGUGGUUCAAGGAUAGCCGUGAAUUAUCUAAACAUGAGUAUGCUAUGUCCACUUCUGAUGGUGUUGUUACGAUGGAAAUUGUUGACUGCAAACCAUCUGACAGUGGAAAGUAUCGGUGUAUUGCUACCAAUGUUCAUGGGUCUGACGAAACUAGCUGUGUUGUCAUUGUUGAAGGGACUGGCGAGACUGAGGAACAAAUCCAAUUAGCUCACGAUUUCUUGCAUUCUGGAGAUCGUAAAUUCAUUGAAAUGCCCAUCAAGCCAGCGCCUCCACCAAUAAUAAUAAAGCAGGAAUACAAAUCCCAGAAUUACAGUAGCACAAAACACAAUUCAUCAUUAUCAUCGAGUCGAAUAACACAGGACUAUUCGUCCGACAAAAAGAGCAUGAAAAAAUAUGGAACGAGAUUGGACUCGACGGGAAGUCCAUCGAGAUCGAGGAAUACGACGAGGGAGUUGGUUCACCCAUCAGACGACUCGAUGAGGCCACCAGAGUUUACGAACAAAUUGAAGGAUCUCACCAUCAAUGAUGGUGAGCAGUUGGAGUUGUCGGUCAAGGUUGAUGGGGACCCAGAGCCCCAGAUCAAGUGGACGAAGGCUGGAAAGACACUGACGUCGUCUGAGGUCAUUGAUCUCAAGUACAAGAAUGGCACAGCUACACUAUUAAUCAAUGAAGUAUUCCCUGAGGACGAGGGCGAGUACAAGUGUACAGCGAUGAACAGUGUGGGCACAGCCAGUACAUCAUGUAGAUUGAGUGUCAAACUAAUGGCCAAUACUGGGGGGAAGAAAUCGGGUGGUGAUAAACCACCGAAAAUCGUCGAUCAUCUGGCAUCGGCAUUUGUCAAGGAUGGAGAGUCUGUGGUUCUCAGUUGUCGAAUUAUUGGAGCUAAAAAGUUCGAUGUUGUAUGGUUACACAAUAACAAGGAGAUAAAGCCUAGCAAAGACUUCCAAUACACGAAUGAGGCGAAUAUCUAUAAACUUACUAUUGCUGAAAUAUUCCCGGAGGAUUCAGGCACUUAUACCUGUGAGGCAUUCAAUGACGCUGGUGAAAGUUUCUCGUCGUGUACCCUUAAUGUCCUUGUUCCCAAUGAGGAACCAAAGAGCCCAGUGUUCGCGACAUUCCCAGAGUCAGCAACAAUAAACCAAGGGGAGGCUGUACGUUUUACCUGUAGAACUGAAACUGCACCAUUGAAAGUAACUUGGUUGAAGGACAACAAGCCAAUAGACGAGUCGAGCAGUAGAUAUACAUUCAGUUCAGAUGGUGACAAAUCCUUCGAAGUAAGCAUCAAAUCCUGCACAGCCAGUGAUAUCGGCCAAUACACAGCACGAGCAAUUGGCAAGAAGGGUGAAACAUCAGCGGCAUUUGCUCUCAAUAUUAUCGGUCUCAAUGACCAGUGAAAACGAUAAUGACUUUGGAAUAUUACUUUUUUUCACAUACUUUAAAAAUUGAUUUUUCAUGAAUGAAUUGGAAUUCAGAAAACGAAAACCGAAAAAAUGUUGACGUGAUGACACAAAGGAAGAAAUUCGUUAAUACGACGCAUAUUUUCAUUAGAUAGAAACAAAAACUCAUGUAUAAAAUAUUAAGUGAAUCAUCUUAUUUAUUAUUAUUGUUAUAAUGCAUUGUUUUAAUUUUUUUUUGUCGUCUUUUCCGCGUGUUUUGUCAUAUCGCCUUCAAUCGGAUAGCACGAGCCAUCCAAUUACAUUUAUGUCUCUGUCUCUCUCUAUGUCUCUCUCUCUCUCUUUCUCUCUUCUAUUUUUUCUUUUGCAACGCUAAUUCGUGCUUACAAAAACUCCAUGCCACGUGACGCGAAUUUUAUUAUAACUUACAACAUUAUGGUGAGAACACGACACGAAAAAAAAAGGAAUUGCGUGCUGUCAGGUCGAGUGUCGGAUGAGCCAUUGGAAUGUGGUACUCGUGUGGUUGACCAGCAUCCUCACGAGAAAAUUUAUAAACAUAUAAUCCUACGAGUAUCACCUUACAAUUAUCCACCAUAUCUGCCUGUCUCUCACUCUCUCUCUCACUCUCUCUCUCUCUCUCUCUCUCUCUCUCUCUCUCUCUCNCUCUCUCUCUCUCUCUCUCUCUCUCUCUCUCUCUCUCUCUCUCUCUCUCUCCUGCAAAUGCACUGGUAGCACGUCAAUUAAUUUUUAUUCCAAUGUAAGCCAUUGAAACAAUAUGUCGUGGUAGAUUUGUUUGAAGACUGCUUCCGUUACAACAUGUACGAUGAAUAAAAAUUUCAUGAAUCAAAAUGAGAA